AUGUGAUGGUAAAGUGGAUCAAUAAUUGUUAGCAUUGUCAUGUUUUGCACUGAGAAAACAAGUUAUGUUUUCUAUAGCUUUUGCAAAAGAAUCUAAGGAUCAUGGGUGGGAUGUUUAUUCUUCUGCACAAACCAGCUUCCAAGUUUUUUUUGUUGCAAAAGAAAAAAAACGAACUUUUUCAAGAAUAUGAUGUAGAGAUAAUUCCAACAUGAUUUAUCAUUUUUUAUUUUAAAUGAAUGGUUUUCCAUGGUUUCCUUUCUUGACUGAAUUCAGCUCAAGAUAAGCAAGGAAUAGAAGAAGAACUAAAAGUCUUAUUGUCAUUGAGUUAGUAGGUAAACAUUGACAAGAACAAUAAUGGAUAACACAAUACAUGCUAUCUUAUUUGUUUGCCUUGUGAUGUGUGUCCAUGCUAAAACAACUGUUUAUGUACAGUUAAUGGACUAUUACAAUGGUGCCUCUAAAGAUUAUAAAGGCGAUUGUUGCGAUAACCCUGGAUGGUUGUGUUUAUUAAAAUGUGAUAACUGGUUUAAAAUUUGCUUGACUACACUUCCUGUUAGUAAUGAAAAGAAGUGUAUUUAUUCCAUGAAAACCAAAAUUUUGGGUAAUGAUAAAUUUGAUUUUCCACGAUAUGGGGAACUCAUUGGUAAAAGAGUGAAAAAUCCCAUUAAGUUUACCUACGAUGGAUCUUUUGGUGGUUUUGGAAUGCAAGUGGAAGUUUGGGAUGAUGAUGGGAACAAUAUAUGGGGUAUUGGAAGGGAAGAUGAUUUGGUUGAUAAGUACAUACAGAAUGUGAAAAUAACACCAACCAAGGAUGAUAUUACACCUGUCUCCAAACGAAUAUAUGGUAGAAGAUCAAGUCUUCGUCUUCUGGUUAGUGCAAUUUGUGAAACUAAUUGGUACAACACUGAUUGUAAUACAUAUUGUCUGUCACAAGAUAAUGACAAAGGACACUUUAAAUGUGAUCCAGCUACUGGAAGUAAAAUUUGUUUCACAGGUUGGAUUGGUAACAGCUGUAAUCAAGCAAUAUGUAGUAGUAAUUGUGAUCGAGGAAACUGCACACACCCAGGACAAUGCAACUGUCUUCCUGGUUGGAAGGAUAAAUAUGACAAUCCAAAAUCCUGCAGUGUUUGUGUUAAAAAGAGAGGUUGCAAGAAUGGUUAUUGCAUCAAGGGGAAUGAUUGCCACUGUAAUAUUGAUUGGACUGGUGAUUUAUGUGACAAAGAUGAAAAUCCUUGCAGAAUAUCGCCUUGUCAAAAUGGAGCUGCUUGUCAUAAAAAUGGAACUGACAGAUACUACUGUCUUUGUCCUGCUGGAUAUACUGGGUUUACAUGUGAUUAUGAAUUAAACCCAUGCACUUCUGCACCAUGCCAACAUGGUGCAAAAUGCGUAAAUAAACGCACAGACUAUGAAUGCCCUUGUCCAGCUGGCUAUUAUGGAAAAAAUUGUGAACAUAAUUAUGAUGACUGUGCUACAAAUUUAUGUGCUAAUGGUGGAACAUGUCUUGAUAGUGUCAAUAGUUACAAUUGCACAUGCACAAAGGGUUUCACUGGCUCUACAUGUAGCAUAAACAUUGAUGAUUGUAAGACAAAUCGAUGCCAAAAUGGUGGCGUAUGUUAUGAUCUUGUUGCAAACUUUUCAUGCCGAUGUAAACAGGGUUAUACAGGCAGACUUUGUGAGGAUGAUAUUGACGACUGUGCAUCGUUGCCAUGUUUAAAUGGAGGAAAUUGUACAGAUAAGAUCAACAAUUUUGAAUGUAGGUGUCUCGCUGGAUACCAAGGUCGUACUUGUUCAAAUAAUAACUGCAAACCAAAUCCAUGUGGAAAAGGAAAUUGUGUAGACCUUAAAACAGAUUAUAAUUGUUCAUGCUAUCUGGGUUACACUGGUAGAAACUGUGAAAUAAACAUCAAUGACUGUUUACCAAAUAUCUGCCAUAAUGGCACGUGCCACGAUGGUGUUAAUUCGUACAACUGCUCAUGUAAAGCAGGAUUCACUGGAAAGAAUUGUGACAUAAACAUAGAUGACUGUUACAACAAGCCAUGUCAGAAUGGUGCCAUAUGCAUUGACAUGGUUAACAACUAUCUUUGUAAAUGUGCUCAUGGCUGGAAAGGAAGGAAUUGUGAUUACAACAUUGAUGACUGCGUUAUACCUUGUGUACAUGGAACUAGAAGUCAUUUAUGCACAAUGUCUCCAUGUAAAAAUGGUGCAAGUUGUGUAGAUCUUGUUAAUAAUUUUAAAUGUAACUGCUCAGUUGGAUUUACAGGAAAAUAUUGUGAAGCUACAGUAGAUUAUUGUAAAUCAAGCCCAUGUAAAAACCAGGCCACUUGCGUUAACCGGCGGGAUAAUUACAUGUGUGUGUGUGUACCUGGCUACACUGGUAAAAAUUGCCAGCUCGAAGUUGAUGAAUGUUCAUCAGGUCCCUGCAACAGCAAUGGCACAAAGUCAUGCAAGGAUGGUAUAAACUCUUUCACAUGUAACUGCAAACCUGGUUAUGCUGGCUUACUGUGUGAAGAAAAUAUAGAUGAUUGUGAUUUACGAAAUGCUGGUAACAUUCCUGAAGGAGAUGAUGUUGCGUCUUGGGGAUUGUGUGGUCAGUAUGGAACGUGUGUAGAUGGCAUUCUAUCUUACUCCUGUGUAUGUAAAGAUGGUUACACCGGGAAAAAAUGCAAAACUAAUAUUGAUGAGUGUGCUUCCUCACCCUGUCAAAACAAUGGCUCUUGUUCUCAAUACAUUACAAAAGCUGGGUAUUAUUGUGAAUGUUUACCUGGUUUUACUGGAGCCAAUUGUAACAUAGAUAUUGACGAGUGUGCUGUAUAUAAUGAUUGUUGUAAUAAUUCAAAAUGUAUCGAUGGUGUAAAUAGUUACACAUGUCAAUGUACUGCUGGUAUGAAAGGAAUUGAUUGCUGUUCUUCUACAUCUUGGUGUGCUAAUAAUAAUACUUGUACUAAAAAUGGUAAUUGUAAAGAUGUUACUAAUGGAUUUAAGUGUAAUUGUCUACCUGGUUUUACUGGAACAAGAUGCGAGACAGAUAUUAAUGAAUGUCUUAGUAAUCCAUGCACUGGUGGAUCCACCUGUUUGAAUUCACCUGGAAACUUUACAUGUUUGUGUCCAUUAGGAAAAACAGGUUCUAAUUGUAAACAAGAAAUUGAUGACUGUGUAAACGUCACAUGCUUAAACAAUUUUACAUGUGUUGAUGACACCAAUCACUUCCACUGUAACUGCCCUUCAAAAAGAUACACACAGCCUUAUUGUGAGGAUGUAAAUGAGUGUCUCCAACCCAACAUGUGUCCUUCCAAUCGAAAGUGUAAUAAUAAAGUGGGUGGUUUUCUUUGUGGUUGUCACGAUGGUUGGAUGGGAGAAGAUUGUACAGAAAGUGUUGAUGACUGUAAACAGAAUGAGUGUAUUAAACCUCAUACUUCAGCUUGUCUCGACGCACAUGAACGUUAUAUCUGUAAAUGUUUUGGUCAAUGGGACGGACCACGUUGUGAAAGGCGCAAUAUGUCAUUAACUGAUCCUUGUGGUUGUGAAUAUGGUAUAUGUGUCUAUUCAACAGAUCGGCUUCAAAUAUGUGAAUGUGAUGCAGAUUACACAGGUGACAAAUGUAAAUUAAAGAAAGCUGAAGCAGCUGUUAAAAACGACGAUGCAAAAGGUCCAAAUAAGUCAGUUGUCAUUGGUGGUGCAAUAGGAGCUGUUCUUUUCGUCGCAGCUAUUGUUGUGUUUGUUGUUGUUAUGAAACGAAAGAAUGUAACUUCAAACUUUUACAAGGAAGAAAUUGGAAAAGUUUCAUACAAUGGCCAAACCGAUGAUGUUGAUUUCAAAAAUGGUGACUUAAUGUUUAAAAACCCAACAUUUAGUUUGACCAGAAACAAUCCUGGUUUGAUAACAGAUCUAUGAAAUAGUAAUAGUAGCGAUCAAGAAUAUAUAUACAAGUAGAUAUAUGCUGUGAAAUAAUUUGACAGCGCCAUUAAAUGUUUUACAUCAAAACAGAACAGUUAAAACAGAUACAAGAAGACAUGCUACAGCUUGAUGAAGCGUUCAGACACACUGUUCCAAAAAGAUGACAUGUUUUGAUGGAAUAACUUGAGCUCACAUUUUAUGAGUGACGUAUCAAUGAUAUCAGAUGUCAUUGAAAAUAUGUUUUUAUGUUCUUUAAAAAUUUGAAAUAUCUUAAAGGUAUUAAGUAA